AUGCCAGCUAAAACUCAAAAGCUCGAAGAAAACGAUGUUUUCAAUAUGACAUGCGAUAAAUUGCGCAAAGAGUUGAAGAAAAAACGCCUCUCCGUUGUGGGAAAGAAGUCUGAUUUGCAAUUCAGACUUGUUGAGUUUUUGAACAAUCAACGAGAGGCGGAACAACAAGCACCGAUUGAUGAGGAGCCGGAAGAACAGCCACAGGCUGAUCAGCCUCAAGAUGAAAUCGACGAACCAAUGGACACAGAUGAGCCUGAAACUCCACUCAAUCGUACUUUCACAGUGGAAGAAAGCUCAACAGAAAGAGAAAACAGACCAACUCACGAACAAACUCCCACCAAUGCGGUUGGCCUAGUUCUUGAUGAGGAUGCAAAACGCGAAAUGUGCGGCAAUUUGGGAAUCGAUUUACAUAACUUUGAAGUUAAAUCUCGUACGAGAACACACCGAGCUUCGGGACGAAAAUCUCUUCGAGCAACAACGGUGUCGCCGGAUCAAUCGCCAGAGAAAGUUGAGGAGCCGAUUGUGGCGGCCCGCGAGGUCACUCCGGUUCGUCAAAGAGCUCGACCACCAAGUAAAGAUCGCUUCGCGAUGAUCCAUGCUAGAGAAAUGGAAAAAGAAGAGACUCUUGGGGAGCGUCGGGAAAGAAUGCAAAAAAGGCACGAUGACUUGACCUCCAAUGUAUCAGAAUCUAUCAGAAGACUAGCUACUCCAAAAAGUGUGAAGAAAAGAGAGCCACUUGAUAGAUCUGCCAAUAGAUCCGCUGGUAGGAAUUGGACUGUACAAAAUCCAGCUAAAAUGACGUUCAAUUUCGGACAGAAUGAUGUGAGCGAUUUCGCUGCUGUGGCGAGCGCCAGACAGGAAGCUGGUCCGUCUUCAUCUUCUGUUAUGACGACCGUUGCAAAGAAGCCAGCAUCCAGAGCUAGAGCUCAUGUUGAUGUGAAGAAGUUGACAAAGAUCCCAGGACCAAGCCGUAAUACAAGCACUCCUUCUCGCGGAAUUAGUGCUAAAACUGUGAUUCCGGCCACUGUCGCAGAUGACAAUACUUUCACCGACUACAUUUCUACUCCGAAAGGGACAACUCCAAGCAGAGUUCCAAAACGAGCCGGCUACACUCCCCAUACAUCCAAGAAAGUGUUCGUCGAUACAACGCAGCUAACUGAUCGUGAAUACAAUUUGGCUAUGGAAGAAGGUCUUAUUCCAGGAAAGCUAGCGACCAAGUCCAAUCUGGAAAACCGUCAGAUUGCGAACAAGAAACGCAGAGAUGAUAUCAUCGCACUGAAGAGAAAAAUGAACAUACAAUAA